AUGGAUAAAAAGAAGGAAGAUGGAAUUGAUAAUAACUAUUCUUUGGAAGACUCAGCUUCCAAAAACAAAUUCAAAAACCGCAGUAGAAAAAGAAAACGAAGUAACAGCAAUUCUAGCACAGAUCUAGAUGAUGUACUGCCAGAAAAUACUCUAGAAGUUGAGAGGAAUCUUCAUGCUUCAGCAUUGAAGAAUAAUUUGGAUGAUAUUAGUGUAAAAAAAAUAUUAAAGAAAGUUGUAACAAAUGAUCAUGUUCUGGCGCUUGUGAAAUUACGAGAAGAGGAAAUGGAUUCAGGUACUGAAGAUGGGCUUCAACCAAUUACGAGAUCCAAAUACAAGGAACUGAUGAAAGUGUCUCCGAGUACGGCAACAUGGAAUAAUUUAAAAUUGUCCCCAAUAAAACAUAUACCAGUAAAGACGAGGCCUGAAGUGGAAGCUUUGAUAGCACAGGAGCUGCCCGAUGAUGAAGACGACGAUGAAUAUGAACCAACUCAUGAUGAAGUACCAAGCGACGAUGAGCACGCUUUAGAAUCCUGUAGCGACUUGGAGUCCCAACCGCGAACCCCGGCGACGCCUCACACACAGAAGACUGUGGAACCUAUUCAAGAUGGACCGUUUAAAAUACCUCAGGAAUUGACGACGAAAUCAUCAAAAGAGGAGGAGGCGACUAUAGCGCUCCGUACUCGGUCCAAGCUGAGUUUGUCGUCGACGUCCAUAGAGCAUAUAGAGAGUUCGUUCAUACCGCCCGAUGACAUCCCCAUGCCCGCGGUCGAUGACCUCUGGAACAAGUUCCUGGAGGAGUGUCUCAACCCCGCCUCGAGCAACAGGCACGAGGAAGACGAUGAGGCCGACCCCGAGUACAACGUGGCCGCUGACCCUGACGCUAACGAAGAAGACGAAGAGGGGUUAGAGAAUAGUAUCAUAAAAAUAUCUAAAAAGGAACUCAAUGAUUUGGUGACGGAGCUGUUCAAUGUGUUGCCGGAAGGCUCCGAGGAACAACUGGCCGGGGAGAUGGGGGUCACAGAUGAGACUCGAGAUAUGAUGGACUUAGAUAAGGUGAAAGCAACAUGGGAAGGAAAACAAGAACCGAUUUCAGACGAAGAGAUGAAUCUAACGAUACCUGUGGACACAUACGAGCCGAGGUACGUCGGCAAGAAGGAGCCGGCAGAUGUUGAACACGAGAGAAGUAAUGUGACGAAAAAUGACGGGGAGAGUCACGCGCCCGAGACAUGUAUAGUCAGCACAGCUCCCGGUACGGUUCAGAUCUCAGUGGUGGAGCACGUGGCGGGGGUGCACCCCCUCUCCCCGCGCCUCACGCCGCCCGCGCCCCUCAGACACCUGGCACAGAAGGACGCCCCGCCCACCGCUGUGAGCGUACACGUGGAGACAGACAUACAGAUACACCCGGAGCAGGUUCUUAUACUCGAGCAGCAGCUGCGUCAACACGUACAGUUGUCGACUACUUACUUCCUACAACUAUACGUGCACCCUGUACACUGGGCGCACGCUCCCAAAUAUAAAGAGUACUUGGAAUCUCUAGACAAACUAACGAGGGCCAACCCACGUUCGGUGGCUAAUGUUUGUAAUCUGAAGCCGGCGUUGGAACUGGUGAAGGGCUGGGAGGACUCCGUCUCUGAGAACACACCAGAGAACGCGCGCAUGGUCGAUCGCAAACGUAUAUCUCAGAACAGCGUGCACCUGGGUGACUUCCCUGAUAUGUUCAAGCGUGUGGUGUGCAACAGCUCGGUGUUCCUCUACCCAUAUCUGCUGCCGCCCUGCCCUUGUAGAGCCGACUUCACUAACAAGAAAUACGGUUACUUCAUAUCUGAAGACGAGUUGAUGGUGCUAGGUUUGGAUCAGUUCUCAAAAUACAUCGAAGACAAUCCCUCGCUAUACAAGAAGCCUCAUCGCGUGCAUCCUCGCAAGCGGUGGAGUCUAUCAACAGCUGCUGAGCUGACCUGCAAGUAUAUGUUCCCUUGGAUGAACGUGCGCUCAUUACUGGGACAUGUACACCUAGUGAGGAGGACCGGAGACAAGAACAACCCUAUAGUUAAAUACUUCCAAGACGGCACGAUAGUCCCCGUUAAACACAAGUUACUACCUUUCAACCCCUCGCUGACGCUAUACGAACAACCGGAGUUUGAAAUACCAAGAAUAUGGAUUAGAUACCUGGCUAAAGGAAGCAAACGGUUCAAGGAUUCUCUGUAUCGUAAGACUCAAACAACAAUACAACCAGCGGGAGUGGAAGUAGCAACGAAUGUGUUACCGCAACAAAAAAAUCCUCUACCCAUAGACUUCACGAAACCCAUAGAGAGCGGUAGAAUUAACGUCAUACAGAGACCCAAGAAAGUCCUCACAAACAAAUUAGAUAUACCCAUAUCAACACAAGAAACCCCGACCUCGACUGUCUUUAUAGCUGCUAAUAUAUUCACUCUUGUAAAUACGAGCGAAGGAACGAAAUUGAUACCAUUACGGGUUACAACUAACACCGUUGAUACUACAACAGCUCCUAUUAGUACGCCGGUAGUGUUGAAUAAUUUACCAGAAAAUUCGGCGAGAUUAAAAAUGGAUGACGUCAUAAACAAUUUCGCCGACACGAGAGACCAAAUUAUAGAGAUGGAAAAGGAAAAACAAGGUCAUUGCAAGUGCUGCCAUCUAUUGCGUAGAAUAUGUAAAACUCGACAGUCUUUAAUAACUGAGUACUUUAAUAGUAACAAAAAGUCCAUUAAAGUAUGUGCAUGUAAGAAUAGGAAAUAUCCAAAUGUGACGAAUAAAUUGAAAUUAUUAGUAAAUAGUUACAAGUCGUUAUCAGUGACUGUGUAUAAUGAUUUGAAGGCAAGAAUAGAAAAUAUAAAGACGGUGUCAAGAAAGAAACAAGAUAUAGACAUUAAUCAAAGAGAUUUUAUUGAUGCAAUGAAAUAUCAAAUUAAAUUGAUUCAAAGGGCCAACAUAGCGAGAGAUAACAGAAUGAAGGUUAAAGUGAACAAUACUUUGUCGAAGUUCAGUAUAGAUGAAGGGAAUCCUUUGCAUUUAGCUAAUGAAUUGCAUAAAAUGUUUGAUGUUGAAUUAGCAGAUCUAUACAAUGAGUUCCUUAUGUUUUUAACACCAAAGCAAGCUGACGAAAUCAAUAAAUUCAAAGAUUAUUUCAUCACAAGCUGCAUGCAGGAUUUAAUAAUGAAAAUUGAGGAGAAAUUAAAAGGGAAUCCAAUUCAUGAUAAGCUUCUGGGCGAAUUGAAUUCAUUUAUAUACAGUAAUUUGACCGCGUGUGAGAUGUGUUGUCAUCUGUUAGAACACAUGCACGACCAGCCAGAACUCGCUACAUACACAUUUGAACUGUUCCCACACACAUGGAAACAGCAGGACUUAAAAAAUUCCAAAUCUCAACAGACGUACAUAAAUUUAACGAACAUAAACCCUAAAACAGUGACUAAUCAAAGAAAUGACACUGACAUGUCACAACCAGUGAACAAAAAUCAACAGAAUGACACAGUAGUGACGUGUGAGGAAACUUAUGAAAUUAUUGACUAUGAAGCGGAUGAUGAUUCUACAAGUGAUGAAGAAGAUGCCGAAAAAACAUUAGUUGAAAAAAACUCAAGCACAAUUAAAAUAGAUAAAGAAAAUAGAAAACCAUUCUCUACAAUUAAACACGAAAUUAACGAAACGACAGACUUGAAUAUCACAAAAAUUGAAAUGCAGGACAGUAACUCAUCGGAUAUGUCAAUGUUGGUGAUGUCUGAUGAUGAAGGGAUUAAACAUGAACCGUGCGAAUGGAAACGUGAUGAAGACAAACUCAUACUGGAGUUGCUCAAACAGUUCUUGACCCCUGAACAGAUACAGGACAAAACUAUUAUAGAGAUAAUAGAAGAAAAACAUCUAUUGACACAGAUAUCGGAAAACUUGAACAAGGCAUUAAGCAAUGUGAGGGAACGGGUACUGUAUUUAUUGCAAGUACUGAGUACUGAGGCCAAAUGA